GGGCUGUCCACAUUCUACAAUCUCAGUGGAAAAGACUUCUCUGAGUAGAUUCAGCAACCAGCAGAACCAGAGAUGGCCUUCGUGAGUCACUGUUCAGACUUGCAAGCUCAGCUCUGGAAGCCCGCUGUGGUCAGCCACCCCAGGUUGGCUCCAGGCCUAGCCCCCCACUGUCCCGCACUGGGCCAGUGUCUGUCCCUGUUGCUGUUCCAUGCCUUUCCCAUCCCAGAUACGUGUGCCUCACAGCUCUCUGCCUCUUCUGUCUGAGUCUGUCUGUCAGUCAUUUUCUCUAACCUUGGUUUCCACGUCACCCACGUGGGAAGAGUUCAGGACGGGAGGGGCGGUGUGACUAGUCUUAGAUACCCCUAAAUAUUUAUUCUGUGCCAGGCCUGACAUACAGAGCUCGAAAUAUCAAAGUGGACAAUAUUCAGUCUGCCUGCUUACAGGGCACAUUCUGUGUGGAGUGAGAAAACCACAGCCUAGUUCUGCCUCUGUCUCAGCACGCGUGCCUGCGCUCCCCCAACCGCCUGCUGUGUUCAGAGGGCCUGGGUCAGUUAGGGCCUGAGACCUGAUGCCUCUUAUUUGCUUCAUCCCUGGGAAGGGUUAUGUUCCUCCCGGGAAGUCCAUCUUCUUACAGCUCCUGGGGGCCUGGCUAGUGGGUGGAGGAGAGGAAGAUGAGGUGCAAAGAGAAAAGGGUCCCUGGAACAGCCCACAAGAGAGCGGCGCCUUCCGGAAGAACCUGUGAUUCGGUCCUCCAGCCCCUAGAGAGCGCCGCGUCCACAGCGGCCUUGCGGCCCUUCGAGCCACCAGAAGGUGGCGCCCUUGGAAUCUGGGCAGCCUCGCUGUACCCAUCCUCGAGGCUGCGUUUCAGGAACACCCGGAAGGAGGAGGAACCUGCUCACGAGAUACAGGCUAUGGACCCAAGACCUUCAAGACCAGCAGCAGGGGCAACCCAAGGCGUAGGGCUACAGGGGGAUUUCUUGGCCAAGGAGCCUCAAUCGCUUCCGGAACAAAGGGCUGAGGAUGGGCCACGGGGCUACCAGAGGAGCAUAAUAGGAGCCCCCCCAACCCAGUCAGAGGAGCCAGCCUUCUCUGAAUUGGAAAACCUCUUGUGUUCUGGGUCCUCUCACCUUAACCUGACACAGGGUGACAAUGACUAUCGAGGGGAAGGCUUGAUAGGGGACCCAGGUCCAGGCAGAACGCUGCCAGCUGGCUGUAGCCCUUUAUCAGAGACAUCACCAAAGCUACUGGAGGCAGACCCUAGUGGAUCCAGCUUCCCUAAGCCUGCUGACUGUCUCCUAGCUCGAGACCUCGCCUGGGAGCUACUGGCCAGUGGCAUGGCUGCCCUACCAGGGACACGGGAUGUCGAAGGCCGAGCGGUGUUGCUUCUGUGUGCCCACAGCCCAGCUUGGCUCCAUCCCAAGUCUAAUAGCCAUGAGCUGCUGAGCCUUUUGUUUUACCUGCGAGGCAUCCCCAGGCCUGAAGUGCAGGCACUGGGCCUGACCGUACUAGUCGAUGCCCGAGUCUGCUCGCCGAGCUCUUCCCUCACCUGGGGCCUCAGCCGGCUACAGGAAGCAUCCCCGGGGUCUGUACAACAAGUGCUGCUCAUUGGAAAGAUGCCAGAGGACGUGCCUGUCGGGCUUCAGUGGAAGCAGCUACGUUCUCACCAGAGCCUGCUGACCCACAUUCCUAACGUGGAGUUGCCUACUUCGCUAGGAGGGAGCCUGUCUUACUGCCACCAAGGCUGGCUGGAUUUCCGGAUGCGUCUGGAAGCCCUGCAGCAGAGUUGCCAGGUGGCUUGUGCCCUGCUUCAGGGUGUCAUUGACAGUAUGAAGGCACUGCGGCCACCCAUGGAGUCUGGAGAAGUCGCUCAGCUGCUACAGCAGACACAGUCCCUCAUGCAGCAGGUAUUAGAUUCGCCACAGUUGUCAUGGUUACAAAGCCAGGGAAGCCAGGAGCUGGCAUGGUUGAAGCAAGGGACGCCCCGGGUGACCCUGAGCCCCGAUUACAGGUCUGCAGUAGACAAGGCUGAUGCGCUCUACGGUCAGGUGGAUGAACUUUUGCAUCAGCUAGCCCUGAAGAGCAACCAGCGAAUCCGGGCCCUCGAGCUCCUGCAAGCGCUGGAAGCCCAGGAGGGUGUGCUGCGCCAGAUUGAAGUAUGGUUACAGGAGGUGGGUUGGCCAGGAGUGGAGGAACCAGGGGAGCCCUCGCUCGACACGCUGCUCCAGGCUCAAGGCCCUUUUCAAGAGCUGGACCUGGUUGCCCAGGAACAGGUCACGCAAGGGGAGAAGUUACUGCAGCCCCUGGUUGGCUUGGAGGCUGCUGAACUGGGGUCCCCUGGAAAGCGUUUUCUGGCCCUGAGAUCCCAGCUGACGGAAUUUUCCAGAGCUUUGGCCCAGCGGCGCCAGCGGUUGGCAGAUGCUGAGAAGCUCUUUCAGUUCUUCAAGCAGGCCUCGACGUGGACCGAGGAGGGGCGGCGGCUACUGACAGAGCUGGAGCAGGAGCGCCCAGAGGUGGUGCUGCAGCGGCUGCAGCUGCACUGGACCAGACACCCUGACUUGCCCCCUGCCCACUUCCGGAAAAUGUGGGCUCUGGCCACAGGCCUGGGCUCUGAAGGCAUCCGCCAGGAAUGUCGCUGUGCCUGGGCACAGUGCCAGGACACCUGGUUGGCUCUGGACCAAAAGCGUGAGGCUGCACUGAAGCCGAUGCCAGCAACGAACAACACCGCUACUUUGUAUGUCAGGCGGGCUCCUGCUGUACCCACUGUCCCUCCACUGCGGAAGGCCUACAGCUUCGACCGGAAUCUGGGGAGGCAUCUCCAAGAUGUUUCCAGUCGUGGCCACUGUGCAGCCAUUGUUACUGACUGCCACAGACCUGAGGCCAGAGGAGGUGUCCGGCCCAGGUCGUCUCCUCCUGUGCCUCUUUCAGGCAGCUCUGACUUCAGGAGCCCCAACAGGCUACAGCUAGUAUUGGCGGAGAUGGUGGCCACAGAGCGUGAGUAUGUCCGGGCCCUUGACUAUACCAUACAGAACUACUUCCCUGAGUUAGAUCGACCCGAUGUGCCCCAGGGCCUCCGUGGCCAGCGUGCGCACCUCUUUGGCAACCUUGAAAAGCUUCGGGACUUCCACUACAAUUUCUUCCUGCGUGAGCUAGAGGCUUGCACCCGGCACCCACCUCGAGUGGCUCAUGCCUUCCUGCGCCAUAGGGUGCAGUUUGGAAUGUAUGCCCUCUACAGCAAGAACAAACCUCGUUCUGAUGCUCUGAUGACAAACUAUGGUCACACCUUCUUUAAGGAGAAGCAGCAAGCACUGGGGGACCACCUGGACUUGGCUUCCUACCUACUGAAGCCCAUCCAGCACAUGAGCAAGUAUGCCUUACUGCUGCAGGAGCUGGCAAGGGCCUGUGGGGGCCCAGCGCAAGAGCUGGGUGCCCUCCAGGCAGCCCAGAGCCUUGUGCACUUCCAGCUGAGACACGGCAAUGACCUGCUAGCCAUGGAUGCCAUCCAGGGCUGUGACGUAAACCUCAAGGAACAGGGCCAGUUGGUACGGCAGGAUGAGUUCACAGUGCGGGCUGGGCGCCACAAAGCCUGUCGUCGCGUUUUCCUGUUUGAGGAGCUGCUGCUCUUCAGCAAGCCCCGCCGUGGGCCUGCAGGGGUUGACAUAUUCACCUACAAGCGAUCCUUCAAAAUGGCAGACCUCGGCCUCACUGAGUGCUGUGGGGAAAGCCAACUGCGCUUUGAAAUCUGGUUCCGACGACGCAAGGCCAGGGACCUGUUUGUGCUGCAGGCCUCCGAUGUGGCCACCAAACAAGCCUGGACAGCCGAUAUCUCCCGUCUCCUGUGGAGACAGGCUGUCCAUAACAAGGAGGUGCGCAUGGCUGAGAUGGCAUCCAUGGGUGUGGGGAGCAAAGCCUUCUGGGACAUUGCCCCCAGUGAGGAAGCUAUCAAUGACCGCAACAUCAACUAUGUGCUGAAGAGACGAGAUGUUCGCUCUAGGGCCUCCAUUGCUGUGGCCCCAUUUGACUGUGACAACCCUUAUCUGGGUGCCUUGGGCUCCCUUCCUGGAGACCGUGCCUCUGGCUCUGUUCUGGGCUCUCUUAAUCUACACCUGUACAGAGAUCCAGCUCUUAUGGGUGGUCACUGGUCCUUGUAUCCACCCAACUUCUCAGAGGAAGCAUCACUAGAUUUGGGCAGCCAGCCUUCUUUGACUCCCGAGGACUCAGAGGUCUCAUCCCAGUGCCCAUCAGCCAGUGGCUCUAGUGAUUCUGACAGCAGCUGUGUGUCAGGGCAGACCAUGGGCAGAGGCCUUGAGGAUUUGUCCUGUGUGAGUGCCAUCUUUUGCCUUAUGCCCAUCAGUCCUUCCCAAAACUACCCUGGGCUAUAGCUGCCUUUUCUUUAGGGGAGUUGGAAAUGGGUGGGUCAGAGCCAUUCCCCAGAGGACUCCAUGUCCACCCCUAGAACCAGAGAGGCAAAACAUUGACUUUGCUUAACUUGGCACCAUAGGUUUGAGUCCGGCCUGAAGAUGAACAGCACUCAGUAACUCCAAGGAAUACCAGGCCUUUGAAUGUGCUAUAAUCAGAGCACCCUCAUACCCAAUAGGAAUAUCCUUGUUGAUUAUCCUUUCUGAUGUCUGUAGCCAUCAACCGACAGCCCUAGGGCCUCUCCAAGGGCAUCUGGCUGCAGAGACUAGUUACACACCUUGGGUCCCAGGACCCUUCUGUCCCCUCUCCAACUACCUCCCCAAUUGUGAGUUAAGGACAUGAUAGGGCAGAGGGGAGUAUUUCUAGACUGCAGGCUGGUAGAGUAGUGUGGAGCUCUCGGAAGUCAUGAAGGACACAAGUGGAUUCCCAGCGGCUGUUCCUCAACCCUUGGGUAACACUAAUCUCUCCAAACACAGGGCCUAGCCUGGCCCUAUAGCCCCCUUAUUCUUGAAUUCCUUGGCAAACCCAUCGCCAACCUCUUGUUUUUGGGGCCCCCUUGGUCAUUUUGACUUGAUGCUUUUGGUUAGAGUUGUCUACUGGUUUCACUGGCAGUGACACUCUGUUUUCUCAGAGAAGAAAUCUAGGCAUUUUUCUUGUUAUUUACUUUUUUAUUUGUUUAUAAUAAAAAAUAAGUGAUUUGCACCGUU